CCAGGCUUCACACGGCAAUGACAAAACGGGCGUUGGCCGAAGUUUCAAGUGAUCUUCCUUCAACUGACUGGCUAUGAGCUGCUGCAACAAGACAAACAACAUGGCCAGCCCGAAUCGGACAUUCACACCUCUGAGAUGGUCCGUCAAUCGCCCGCCGCUUACAGCAGAAACGGUUGAGAAAGAAACGCAAAUAACCCUUCGCCCGUUCCCUGCAAUCUCCACACCUCGACCGUCCCGCAGCAGCUCUCGCCGGCGCCAGGGCUUUCCCGUCCGUCCCAGCCCCACCACACCAGGCCUGGAUCCCGUACACUCCCAGACCGGCUACCUCACAACAGAGACAACCUCAGCCCUCGAAGAAGCUUGGGGGCUCAAACACCUGUCCACCGAGGAGUGCGUCGCAGAACUGUGGCGGAUCAUCUCGCUCGAGGAGCAAAAACUGGAAUCCCUCCGCAGAAAGGCGAUAUUUGAGCUUGCCGACAAGGCAUGGACAACGAAGACGCGGUUGGGGUUGCAGGCGCAGCAGGAGAAGCUGAACCGGACCCGCAGAGUUGUGCAUGGGAUGUAUGUGGACGACAGCGGGAGGGUGUUUUUGGAUGAGGAGGAUUUGAGUUUGGAGGCGUAUGAGUUGGAAUUUAGGGAGAGGCUGAGCGCACGGCUGAGGGAACGGGAGGAAAAACGCGGGAGGAAGGAAAAGAGAAGGGAGUGGCGGGAAGGGAGAGCUGUUCGGAAAGAAGAGAGGCGAAAGGCGAGGAUUGAACGUGCGGCGGCAUGGGAGAGCCAUCAGGCAGCUGGGCAGGAGGAUGAGGUCUCAUGUAGUGCUGAAAAGGGAGCAGAGGAGGUACUCGCAACUUUGAAAGAAACGGAAAAAGAAGGUAUUGCGCUAAACGAUGAGACAAGCGGCGAGCAUCUCAAGUUUGCGGAUAUCUACAACCGUGAACCAUCGUCACCAUCCAGCGAGCUCGAGCACGAACGCACGUCGACUUCAGGGCAACAAAUGGCUCGCAUCGGCACCGAUUCAAAUAAGGCGACUGGUUCGCAACAUGCCCAUGCAGAGGAGCUCGACCGAUUGAUCAGACACGCUGGAAAAUCUACAUUCACCUGCGAAGUGAUUCCCGGUCAGCGCACACAUGAGCGACCCAGUAGGGCAAAGGGCCCCCGCAGAUCUGUCGAAGGCUCUACCAGGCUACGAGAGCUUGCCCGGAGCCUGGAUGCGGACCUUGACAAAAGCGGAGAGAAACCAAGGACCCAAGUCGGGACAACCAGUACGCUCAGAACCCACUACCGCCGAUCGCCGGUGGACGCAGAUUCCAGCGAAACCACUGGCUCGCGUUACUUAGAUGUAUGAGCAAUUCAUUGCGGAGGCACGAAAGGUGGGCUAAAUUUCGUAGACCGUCCGUGAACGAAGGUUUUUGGGAAUAAAUGAGGCUAUCAGCGCGGAGCAUAUCUUGCCAGACUAUGACCUACGUUCGCAGAUAUUCCCUAUCAGAAAGUCAUGCGGGUGUUUUGGG